AUAUACUAUGUAAAAUAUGAGUGCACAUAGUUAAGAGGUGCAGUUUUACACUUCUAGGUCCCCCAUCUCCGGACUCCUCGUCGACAUGUUCUGCACCACAUUCAUCGACGUUGCCGAUGAAUCCAGCCUCCCCAGCUACAUCUUCUACACCUCUGACGCUCGAUGCCUCAAUCUCACCUUCCAUCUCUAGAAUCUACGAGACAACCACAAUAUGCAGUUACGUAUUUCAACGACCCGAAAGCCAAAUGGAACAUUGAGGGCUUCAAUAACUCGAUUUCGGGCAAAUUCUUGCCCCGUCCCGACUUGGCGUGUUAUUCAGGGGUCUAAGCAUAAUGAUUAGACUAGUAGGCAGUGGGUAUGUCUAUAGUUUAUACAAUUUGUAAUUUUUAAAGACUAACAGAAGACUAUCAAGGAUUGGAAUACUUCUCUCUAAUUAUCAAUUUUUCCAACUUGGUACACAAAUUAGCUAUCGAUUCUAAAGGCAAGACUUGGAGUCACUCUUCCACAUAGUACAGAGAAUGAAGGUUGAACAUUGGCAGGAAAACCAAGAAGAGUGCUUUUUGGGGCUGCUAAUUGGAAUUACCCGGUCGAGUUUGAGAGCUAACUUUUGAAGCUCUGGUUCAAACAAGUCGAGGACACGAGAAUCAAGCUGGACAACUGCAAGCUACGGAGACGACGCCGAAGUUGUGGUAACAGGCGGCGCCGGUGGUGGUGGCUAGCUGAGGCGGCGAGGAGAGAGCGGAAGCCAUGCCAGACGAUGGUCGCCGAUGGAGGCAUGCAGUAAGAGAGAAGCAAUCGUCAUUUGUGUCCCCGGUCAGAGGGCGCCGCGGCGACGGGAGGGAACUUGAAAAAGUCGUUGGUCUACAAGAAGAAGAGAUUGAGCAAUAAAAGAAUUUUAUUUUUUAAUAACGAAAAUAAUAAGAUGGAAAUUUUGAAAUAUUUAAUUUUAUUAGUUUUUAGUUGCCAAAUCAUAUAUUUAACGGUCAACUUAAAGAAUUGACUGUCACAUAAGCAAAAGGUAACGGAGUUGGAUUGAGAGAGACCAGAUUUUACAUUUUUUAGUAAUUUUGGUGACCACAAAUGAAAUAAAAUAUUUUUAGUGAUCGACCAUUUUAGUAAUCAAGCAUUUAACCUAAACUAAAAUGUGGCAAUUUCUCAUUGGACAGUGACAUUGACUUAGAAGCAGGCUACAACUUUCCCAAAAAGUUUGCGUUAGACCUGAAGAUUUCCAAUUGUCACCUGAUUUAUUAUUAUAUUUUUUUUCUGUGCAUAGUAGACGCCGGUCAAGGGCUUGUUCUUUUUCUUUAUUAUUUCUGAGAAGAAAACGAUUCACCUGUUAUAUAGAAGUCCAUUGAUUCUCUCGAUUUCAAUCCACACAACCAUGGAAACGGAACACGGGAAAGCUGGCACCGUCGCCGCCGGAAGGGAAGAGACGGCGAAAGAGGAGGAGCUCACUCUGUACUUGCAGCUGAAAACUUGCAUUUGGGGGAUUAACGUAUUCCAGUCCCCCGUUCGCCAGAGCCAGACAAACACAGACGACGUCGUAACGCCUAAAGUCGUCUGCGACGUCGACAUCCACGACGGCGGCCGUUUCCCUCCAGACAUGGCCGCUUUCCAACUAGACUCCAAAAUCUAUUUAGUCGGCGGCGGCGGCCCCAACUCCGGCGCUUACGUAUACGAACUCUGUCCCCAAACGAGCCAACUCCAGAUCCCGACCGCCAUACCCCACAGGUUGAAAUCCCCAAAAGUCAAUCCAAUCGCCGAAAACAUCGCCGGCAAGAUCCACGUCCUCGAUCGCGACCUACAAUCACCGCCGUCGUGCCACGAGGUUCUGGAAUUCUCCGUCGAUUCAAAAACCUGGAACUGGAAUUCGCUGCCCCCGCCUCCUCUGCCCCCGAAUUCCACCAUUCCGCUCUACUUCGUUCUCGCCCACAAGCUUUUCGUCCAACGCGUCGGCGGCCACGAAGAAUCCGCCGCCGCGUAUUUCUUCUUCGACACAAUCUCCAAUUCGUGGAUCCCCAAUCGCGAACCUUUGGUCCGAUCUCCUCCAUCUCCAUCCUCCGCCGCCACCGACGAUUUCCAGCUCAUGGGUGGAAGGACGCUGAGAAACUGCCCCGGAUUCGACGCGAUCAAGGGCAAAAACGGCAACCCCCUCCACGUAUUCGUGGCGUAUCAAGGGGAUUUCGAUGUGAUUGGGGAGAACAAGUAUGUGGGCGCGUUUCUCGUGGACGGCGGCGGAGGAGAAGGGCGCGUGGUGGCGUAUCAGAGCCUGGAGACUGCGUUGUUUGGAGAGAGCAGUGAUUCCGGCGGUGAUUUCUACCCGGAGGAGUAUCCCUACGGCGUCGUUGACCUGGGGGAUGGGGUGAUUUCCUCGGUGAUAGCUGGAUACCGCGACGAUGAGCGCGACGUCGUUCUGGUGUGUGUUUUGAGAUUGAGUAAGAAGCCGUCUUUUGAGUGGACUGGAAGGGCGAGUUGGGCUUUGGAGGAGGAGUUUCUGGAUGUUGAGGUAUUGGAUCGGCGGGUGUAUGGAUUGGAUGGACUGGAGGAAUCUCUUCGAUCUCCAGUUUGUAGUGCUUUCUUGCUUUGAGCCCAAUGGGCUUGUCUAGCAUGGCUAAUAAAGAGCCUUUCUAGCGGGGCUCAUUCUUUCUUUACGGAGCCCAUUUAUAGGCCCGUUUUUUAAAUUUUUGAGUGUCGGUGUGGGAGACAAAUUGAUUGGGGCCCGCUUACGGAUUAACGCAAAAUCAGUGAUUAAAUGCGCCGGCGGGGGCCGUGACUGACUGCCGUCAAUAUGACGGUGGUGACGGUGAUGUCGAUUUCCCGUCCCCGCUUCCCCAACAACCUUUUAUCAGCCGGCCGGCCCCACUACCCCAUUCCCUCUGAACCGUAAUAUUUGGAUUAUUUACAAACUAGUGCCCUAUGGAACAAUAUCAUCCAAAAACAAUCCCUGAUUGUUAUUCGGAAGAUCGUAUAACUCGAUUUGUAUGUUUAUAUUGCAUAGAAAUUGUUCAUGAUGAAAUUGAAGACGUUAAAGAAAUAUUGUGAAGAUGGUAUUUAGCUCAUUAUCUUACUAAAGUAUGCUUUUUAGA